AUGGAGGUGAAACUCAACCUCGCGACUGUCAAGGCGCUCCUGGCUAGCGCCCCUGUUCUGCUUAGAAUAAUGGUUUUGAAUCUUUUAUCGCGAUCUCCUGCUGCUGGAAAGCAGGACCUGCGGGUCGAGCUUGUGGUCAAUUUGAUCCGAUCGUUUAUCACGUUUUCCCACCCCGUGGGCAAAACCCAAAGGGGAACCCUGAGUGAUCCAGGGAUUAAAGGGCCGACGUGGAUAUCGAAGGUGACGAUGCCCAGACCUGCUGAACCCUCCAUCAUUCAGUCUAUUAUGAGGGCCGUGGAUCAUUAUAAGGAAGGUCAUGAGACCUAUCAUAUCCCGGAACUGGUUGAUGUUGAAGCGGAAUGGACGGGCUACCGAAGCGGAGUCAACGCCAGGGCUCCGCAGCCGAAUAUUUCUGAAGCAGAGAAGUAUGAACAAUUGAUGGGAGAGGUUAAAGAGGACCUUACUAUCCUAUAUCUACACGGUGGUGCAUACUACUUAAUGGACCCAUGCACUCAUCGUGGCACAACAUCAAGGUUGGCCAAGGAGACGGGAGGACGCUGUCUCUCUGUCCGUUAUAGACUAGCCCCUCAGGAUCCUUUCCCAUCUGCCAUCCUCGAUGCGCUGUUGGCCUAUUUAUACCUCUUAUCCCCCCCAGAAGGAUCCUUGCACCCCCCGGUUCCAGCAAACAAGAUCGUGUUUGCUGGCGAUUCAGCCGGCGGAGGGCUUAGCCUCGCUCUUCUACAAGCUAUCUUAACCCUACGCCGUCUGUCUCCCAAUCCAACAAUCCAGUUUCAUGGGAAGGACGUGCCUCUCGAGCUCCCUGCGGGAGUAGCCGCAUGCAGUCCAUUUUGUGACGUUACGCUCUCCUUACCGUCAACCACCAGUAAUGUCUACCUCGACUACCUCGUACCACGUUUUGGCCAAGAGGCAGAUUUCAAACCAUUCCCAUUUCCUCCAGACUCCGCCUGGCCGGCGUCCCCACCACGCGCUGAAUUCUACGCCAAUGCCAACAUGCUAACCCACCCAAUGGUAUCCCCCUUAAGCGGGUCGAAAGAUAUAUGGAAAGAUAGCCCUCCAAUAUUCAUCACGGUUGGUGAAGAGGUGAUAGAAGAUGACAGCAUCUACCUUGCAAAGAAGGUGCACGAGGCUGGCGGCACUGUCAUCCUCGAGCGAUUUGAGGGAAUGCCACACUGUUUUGCCAUGAUCUUUGGCGAUACUCCAGGAGGGAAACGUAGCUUUCAGGGCUGGAGCGGCUUUUGCCUUGAUGCCGUGCAUGGCCGGGUAAAAAGGACAGACGAUGCCUUCUAUAUCGACCAUCGUGGACAGACAAUCGUAACGAAGAAAUUAAGCGAGAUUGGGACGCUGACUGAUGAGGAAGUACAGGAGAAAAUGCGAAAGGGAAUGGAAUGGAGGAUUAAAGGGGAGGAUGUGCUUGUGAAGGCAUGGGAGGAAAUGCAGAAAAAGGCAAAGCUAUAA